AUGCCUGAAACUUCAAGAGAGGCGCAACGAACAAUGAGACUCACCCGGAACCCGGCUGAAUCUCUAAAGUUUGAUGUUUCCAGGAAACCGAAUGUGCUGCACCAGGCCGCCUCAGAUUUCAGUCCCUACGAUAUUCGAGGUUUUGCGAUACAUAUAUCUUUUUCGUUUCAAGUAGAACAUAAGAUUGACGGAAAAUCGGGUACUGCGCCUACCUGCCUGCAGCCAAACACAGCUGGUUUACGAGGUCCACCUGAACCCGACCAUACGGCCAUGAGCAGAUGGAAAUUUAUUUUCCCGCCUACGACUCAUUUACCUCGUAAGCGACGCAACGAAGCGAAGGAGACACUGGUCCCACACAACUCGAAUGUGAACAGGUUGCAAAUCAGUGUAUUUGUCGAAAUCAGUCCAAUUUGGGUUCAAGUAGAACAUAAGGUUGACGGAAAAUCGGGGACUUCGCCUACCUGA